GUUAUCAGUCACAAACCGUAGGCUAAUUACCGGACGAAACAGGAAACGAUUACGCGAUUGGCAUCUGUAUUAUAAACAUCACGGUGCUACAGUCGCAUCUGUGGGAAAGGAAGCCUUGAUUUGAUUUCUCUUGUUUAUUUAUUCAGACCGCAGCUCUUGUCUGCUCUGUGAUAUAAAGGUAGGUGCUGAUCCGAGGUUUUAACAUCUGCGCGAGGUUAUCUGUUAGCAAACACAUCUCUCCAGAUAAAAGAGCAGAGGAAUGCGGAGCCAUUUGUUCCCCAGAGCUUCGAGAGAACAGCCUAGUUUGUUUAAAACCCGAAUAUAAAAGCCUGCUUUGUUAGCAGACAUGACUGCUGCGGUGAAAGCCCGGUCUGCUAAAUACAAUAAUAGGACAGCAUCAUUUCUCUGUCUAGCCUAGGCUAUAUCAGAUAUAUGCGUUUCAAUGUCUAGGCUGCUCCAGCUGUGUGGAGGAAACAUGGACCGCUAUGAGGAUUUCUGCGCACUCGUUCUGUCUGAGCUGCGGUCGGAUAUGAUGCACGACAGCAGCUGCAGUAGCGCACGUGCUCGAGAGGGGGCGCACUCGCGCAUCUGCUUCCACGGCAGGCCGCUGUUGUCUCCUGUUCUAAGUGAGAAACAAAGAAGGGAGAUGGUUGAAUACAAGAAAAGAGCUUCACAAAUGGAGGCCGAGAGACAGAUUCAUUACAACAAAAACCUCCUCAAUCAGAUUCAGACCAUUCUUUGGACCAAUGAGGCACCACAAAUAUUGGACGUGCCAAAGCCUUUAGAGCAGUGCCCGUCUCCCUCUCCAAAAACAGACUCCAGGAAUGGCUUUACAGUAGCUGAUACUGCAGACAUUACACCUGCUGGGGCCACAGAGCCGUACAUUUGGUCUAAUGAGCAACCGGUGAGCCCUUCAGCUGAGCUGCCUGGAGUGAUGAGAAGAAAAUCCAAAGAAGAAAAACACAUGCAAGAGGACAUUCAAAUGGAAGGAGUUUGUCUGCAGAACCUACUCAAGAAAUCACGCAAAUUUAUGGAAAGGGAGCAAGGUAAACAGGGGUCAAAGGUCAUCAGCAACACAAUGGUUGAUCCAAGCAGGAUCCUCUCUGAAAGCCCGCUAGUUAAAGAAAACAGCUGUUCUUUGGAUGAGACUGCCUUUGGGUUACCCUUUUAUAUUCCCUCUCCAAACCAAACCUCUCCCAGUAACCUGAUAAGCCCAGAACCCAGUCUAAAGGCCGGUUUAAUAGCCAGACCCCACCGCGGACGUCCUCGUCCCAUUUCUGCCGGGAGCAUCUUCUUUUCUUUGCUUGAAAACCCCAACCAACCGAACAUGACAGCGAAUGCAAGGCCACCGGAAGUCAAAACAAUUGCAACACAGGACAGGAAGCUACUCGGAGUGGAAAAUGUAUGUAUGGGUCGAUACGAUGAUCACUCGACCAUGGGACGCCCGGAAACGUCUCCAGUGGAUCCUGAGCUCACAAGCCCUCUGUUUCGAAGGAGAUGCCACACGCUGGAUAGCCACCUGUCCUCACGCCAUCAGAGUCCCGUCAUAGACCGGAGCCAGGAGAGAAUGCCUCGGUUUAUGGCUGGGGUCACUGCAAGAACGGCCACUCGACUGUCUCCUCCCUCACCCAUGAACAAGACUUUCACAUGGGACGGUCCUGUAGCAGCAUUUAUGGGAUCUGGGAUCACCCCAGACUCUCCUUCUCAUGCCAAACUGCCUUUUGAGACCGAGAGAAACAGUGUUAUUAGCACAGCACUGAAAGAAAGGAGAACAGAUGAGAUGCAAUGGCAAGUCAACGCUCUAGAAGACAUGCAGAGGUCUCUGGAGGACGAUUACGCUUUCCGGAUGUCCUGUCUGAUGGAGGAACAAGAGCGAGAACAACUGCACCUCAGUCAGGAGUCAGAGGAGCGGGUCAGGAGACUGAGGGCUCAGGGUGGUCUGAGUCCUGUAGCCGGUGAGGACGGGUGUGAACGUUACCCUAUACUGAGCCCCAUGUGUCCUUUAAGCCCAGGAGACAGAUCAACAAGACACUCUGUGCCAACCAUUGGUUUACCUUCAACCAGUUCAGAUGUGUUAUCCCCUUCGAAACAGACUCCCAUUUAUAUGAGAAUCCUGAAUCACAGCGCCGGCAAGAGAAACAGACUGAGCCAGGUUGUGACAGCGGAGCAGCAGAGGGCACUGUGUCACCUCACUGCAGCCGUGAAGGGCUUCCUCAUCAGACGACUGCUGAAAACGGAGAAAGUCAAGCACCUGCGGCAAACCGUGCAGGACACGCAAGAGUUUAUCCGUUCGUUCAGCACUGAUGCUCCUCAGAGAAGCGCCUCUCUGUCUGAGCAGGAUCUGUCUCUGCGGGAGCGCGUCAGAGCGCAGUUACGCGCGGCCUUGUUUGACAUUCAUGAUAUCUUCUUCACGAUGACACUGGAGGAGCGUCUGUGUCUGCUGCAGCAAGACCGAGAGCUGCGCUCCGAGAGGAAGCUCAGAGAGAUGGAAAAAGCUAAAAGUCCCAAGGACAAGGUGAUUUUGUCGGCUGCUACCCAGAAAUCUCUUGAAAGAAAGAAAAGAGUUGGUGAAUCUCCAGGUCAGCCCAGAAGAGCUCAGAAGACCAAGAGUCCUCCUACAAAUAGGAUCCUGCAGCCCAGUCAGGGCCAGAACGCUCCUGUUUCAGGCCAGCCGCUCCUGCGCCGUGGGUCAGUUCUUCACAUUUUGCAGCCUCUGAUCACGCAAUCUCCUGCUCCUGCCAUUUCCAUUUUCUUUUACGCUGCUGUUGAUGGAAUUUGAAAUUCAAUUCAGUCUGUGGUGGACUCUUACAAUUCUGAAAAUGCCACGCAGCUUGCCAGGGGAGUCACCUGACAUUUAAAAUUGGCUGCGUUUAUUUGUAAAUGCAUUUGGCAGGAUCUCAUGUAGUCAUUUAGUCAACUGAAGUGUGAUCAAAAUAUCCCUGUAUUAUAUUACAAAGAAUCACUGUGCGGAAAAGAAACGCAGUAUGGAAUGCGCCACACAUUUACAAAACCUCAAACACCUUUUGAACUAAUAAACUGUAUUGAGUUUACAUUUUUAAUUUUCAGAUAUAAUAAAUCAACUUUACAUGCAACGUCUUAAUAGGAAACACGCAGAUGAAAAGUGUU